AUGGAUUUGCCAUGGACUGCGCCAGUACCGCCGGGCGAGGUGCGGACGGAGGUGAACCCGCCGACCCUGAAGGUGAAGCUAUACUCGUGGGCGUUUGUGACGACGUUCAUCGCGGGGACAACGGUUGGGCUGCGCAUCUUUACGAGAUUCUACGUCACGAGAACGCCGUUGAAUACCGAUGACUACCUCAUUGUCAUAUCGUUGCUCUUCGCCAUAUCGACGAUUGUCGUGCUCUUCCAGCAGGUCGAAGUCGGAUUAGCACAUCACAUGUGGGAUAUCCUCUGGGACGUGUACAACGUCCACAACACUGGGUGGACAAUUGCCGCAACAAUCGUGUAUGCCCUCAGCAUCAGCUUCUCCAAGCUGUCCAUUCUCUUCUUGUACCUGCGUCUGUCGCCGCAGGUAUGGUUCCGCCGGGGCGUCUUCUUCCUCAUCGGACUGGUCGUCUGCUACUCCAUCGUCUACGUCCUCAUCAACAUAUUUGGCUGCACACCGAUCAGAGCCGGCUGGGACCUCAACAUUGUGGAAAAGACUUGCGUGGACAAGUUCUCCAUCUACCUGUCCUUCAGCAUCGCCAACAUCGCCAUGGACGUCUUGAUCCUGCUGCUUCCCAUCCCCGUGGUUGUGCCGCUGCAGAUGGCCAGGAGACAAAAGUUCUCCAUCAUCCUCCUCUUCGGAACAGGUGUCUUUGUCUGUGGCGUGGCCACCAAGCGGACCGUCCAUCUCCCUAAGCUGCUUGCAAGCCCGGACUAUACCUGGGAAGCCGUCGAGGCGUUCAUCUGGGGCUACUUGGAGCUCAAUGCGGGCAUGAUCUGUGCCUCUGUGCCGGCGCUGAAGCCCUUCUUCAUGCAGUACCUCCCGUCCUUCAUCACCUCCCGAGUCGGCAGCAGCAAGCGCGGGGGAUCAUCGCUGAACAAGUCCUCCAAGUCGCGCCUCAAUACUGUCGUGGCACAGAACAUGGAGCGUCGACGACGCCAGGAUGAGUCGUACGAGCUCAGCUCGACGGACGGCAAGAGGGACGGCGUCGAGGACGACGAGACGAAACUGUGGUUGGGAUACCAGAAGAAUGUCAAGGCUGCCCUUGGUGGCCAUGCUCGCGAGACUUCGAGGCAGGUCGACGACAACAGCAACAGCAGCGUGGACACGCUGGGUGAGAUGACGGGCCCGCGCAGGGGUGACAGGACCGUUGUUGUGUCGGCUGAGAGCAGCGCACCGGGUGGGUGCGGUGAGGGAUCGAAUGGCAUCAUGGUGCGCCGCGAGACGACUGUGCAGCACGGCACCUAG